GUCCAUUUUUUGGUACUGACCUUGGAAUGAGUUAUAAUCUAAAAAGAUGGAAUUAUAAAAAAAAUUAUUAUGAAAAACGAAUAUAUAACAAAGAUGGUGUUUUCUCUAUAGAUGAAUAUGAA